AUGGACGUUGCCCAAGCUAUAUCCGGCUACCUGACAAAGAUUGUCACCACUGGCGAGGGCUCCUCAACAUCAUCAUCAUCAGCUAAAAUGAAGAUUCUGUUGUUGGAUAAAGAGACAGUCUCCAUUGUAUCUACAGCAACUACACAGUCUGCCCUCUUAAACCACGAGGUCUAUCUCAUUGACCGGAUCGACAACGCCAACAGGGAGAAGAUGCGACAUCUGAGGUGUCUCUGCUUAGUGCGCCCCUCCCCAGAGUCUAUACAGUUUCUGAUUGACGAGCUUCGCGAUCCUCGCUACGGAGAAUAUUACUUAUAUUUCACAAAUGUUGUGAAAAAAUCCUCUUUGGAAAGGCUGGCCGAGGCCGAUGACAACGAAGUUGUCAAGCUUAUCCAGGAGCACUUUGCAGAUUACAUCGUUGUCAAUCCCGAUCUCUUCUCCCUCGGCUAUUCAGUCCCCCAGCAUCGUCUCUGGGGUACUAGCCCGGACACCUGGAAUGUCGAUGCGCUCCAGAGAAGUACCGAAGGAAUAUUGGCGGUUUUACUCUCCCUCAAAAAGAAGCCCCUUAUCAGAUACUCAAAAACGAGCGCAAUGGCAAAAAAGCUCGCCACGGAGCUCCGCCAUCAUAUGACUCAAGAGGAACAGCUGUUUGACUUCCGUAUGGUAGAUACACCCCCGAUCCUCUUGAUUUUGGACCGGCGAGAGGACCCAGUCACUCCCCUCUUGACGCAAUGGACGUAUCAGGCUAUGGUACACCAUCUCCUGGGAAUCGAUAACGGCCGAGUGGAUUUGAGCGAUGUCCCUGAUAUCCGGCCGGAGCUGAAGGAAAUCGUAUUGUCCCAGGAUCAGGAUCCUUUUUUCAAGAAAAACAUGUUUUUGAAUUUCGGUGAUCUUGGCGGUAAUAUCAAGGAUUACGUGGAGCAAUACCAAUCAAAGACCAAGAACAAUGCCAACAUCGAGUCGAUCUCAGACAUGAAACGAUUCAUUGAGGAGUACCCAGAGUUCCGCAAGCUAUCGGGGAACGUGAGCAAGCAUGUCACGUUGGUUUCGGAGCUAAGUCGGCGCGUUGGAACGGAGAAUUUGCUGGAGGUCAGCGAGCUGGAGCAGAGCCUGGCAUGCAACGAGAACCAUAGCGCUGAUCUAAAGACAAUCCAAAAGCUUAUACAAUCCCCCAAGGUCACCGAGGACAGAAAAAUCUGCCUCGUUGCCCUCUAUGCGCUGCGCUAUGAAAAGACGCCUUCCAACGCCCUCUCUAUGCUGAUUGACCUGCUCGUGGCGGCUGGGAAUGUCUCUCCACGCCGGGCUGACCUGGUUUCUCAAGUGCUUGCUUAUCGCUCGUCGCUAAGCCAGGCCCAGGCGCAAACUGGAAUAUCGGACAUUUUCGAAUCAGCGGGUAUCUUCUCGGGCGCGAGGGAUCGAUUCAAGGGGCUGAAGGGGGUCGAAAACGUGUACACUCAGCAUACGCCUGUGUUGGAGAGUACACUGCAAUCCCUUAUCAAGGGAAGACUAAGGGAACAGCAGUACCCGUUCCUUGAAGGUGGCGGCUCUACGCGAGAUAAACCACAGGACAUUGUGGUCUUCAUGAUUGGGGGAGCUACAUAUGAAGAGGCGAAGACGGUUGCGAGCAUCAACGCCUUAACCCCCGGCGUUCGAGUUGUGCUUGGUGCCCUCUAUCACCACAUCGCCUUUACAGACACGGAGAUGCGCCCUCUCCAGAGAGUUAUCCUGCCGCCACUGCGCAUUGGACGGGCGCGGUACUUUAGACCGGCUCGGUCCUUUGCGACCUCCUCGGAUACGCUACGCUCAUACGAUGUUGUAGUCAUUGGAGGUGGGCAUGCCGGAGCGGAAGCGUCCGCAGCCGCGGCGAGGUCGGGCGCUCGCACAGCCCUCAUCACCCCUUCCGUCGACAACCUCGGGGUUUGCUCUUGCAACCCCAGUUUUGGCGGCAUCGGAAAGGGCACCGUCAUCCGCGAAAUAGACGCCCUGGAUGGCUUGGCUGGCCGUAUAAUAGAUAAAGCAGGCGUACAGUUCAUGACUCUGAACCGCAAUAAAGGCCCUGCCGUCUGGGGACCUCGAGCGCAAAUCGACCGAAAAUUAUACCAGCGCCACAUGCGCGAAGAGUUGCUAUCCUAUCCUAAUCUUACAGUCCUACCAGCGAGUGUGUCGGACAUAAUUGUAUCCGAUGUGGACACAGCAAGCUCGGCAGACUCGGCUUCCAAAAAGAUUUCCGGCGUUCGGUUGGAAUCCGGGGAGGUGAUACCGACGAAGUCUGUAGUGAUCACAACGGGCACAUUCCUGGGGGGCGAAAUUCACAUUGGUAUGCAGUGCUACCCUGCCGGCCGAUUGGGAGAGGCCGCAACGUUCGGGUUGAGCAAAUCUCUCAAGGCGGCCGGGUUCAAGCUCGGACGGCUGAAGACAGGCACUCCCCCACGACUCGCGAAGCAGAGCAUCAAGUUCCACGUACUAGAGAAACAACUCGGCGACAACCCCCCUACGCCCUUCAGCUACCUCAACGACUCGGUCUCGGUAACCGAACAGUUGACAUCUGCCAUCACUUAUACGAACGACUCGAGUCAUGAGGUGGUCCGGAGCAAUCUUGACAAGACGAUCCAUAUCAGAGAGACGGUUAAGGGGCCUCGAUACUGCCCUUCGCUCGAGUCCAAAAUUAUCCGUUUCCCACAUAGGGAUCGUCACAUUGUAUGGCUUGAGCCGGAGGGCUUCGAUAACGACAUCAUCUAUCCCAAUGGACUGUCCAUGACUAUUCCCCCGGAAGCUCAAGAGCAGCUUCUUCGAACAAUCCAUGGGUUGGAGGAUGUCGUCAUGCUCCAGCCAGGCUACGGAGUAGAGUACGAUUAUGUUGACCCUCGAGGACUCAAGUACUCGCUAGAAACGAAAGCCAUUGGUGGUCUCUAUCUAGCUGGCCAAAUCAACGGUACAACCGGGUAUGAGGAAGCCGCCGGGCAGGGUAUUCUGGCGGGUAUUAAUGCAGGGCGAGGUGCCCAGGGUCUUCAUCCCUUGACUCUCACCAGGGCCGAUGGUUUCAUUGGUAUCAUGGUUGAUGACCUAGUAACCCGGGGUGUGACGGAACCCUAUCGCAUGUUUACCACCAGGAGCGAAUACAGAUUAAGCUCUAGGGCGGACAAUGCGGAUACCCGUCUAACUGCCAAGGGCCGGGAACAUGGCGUUGUCGGUGAUAAGAGGUGGCAAAGGUUCACCGAUGAACAAAAGCAGAUUGCAACCCUCAAAUCGGCGUUGGAAAACGUCUUAUUAGGCUCACAAGACUGGGCUCGCCUCGGGUUCCGUGUCAACAUCGACGGGAGAAAGCGCACUGCACUGGACAUGCUUUGUUUGCCGAAUGCGCAGAUGAAGGAUUUCGCGGACCUCGUCCCCGACCUGGCGGGUUACUCGGACCGCAUUCAAGCUCGAGUUGCGUUUGAGGCUAUAUAUGCGCCUUACAUCGAAAGGCAGCAAUCGGAGCGACGCGUCUUCGAAAGGGAUGAGAGCAUCCGUCUCCCCAGCCGGCUUGACUACGAUGAGGUGUUUGGCUUGUCUUCACACGAGCGAGAGAUUUUCAAGACAACGCGGCCAGAAACCCUUGCUCAAGCCCGCCGGAUGGAAGGUAUCACUCCAGCCGGCGCACUUCGGUUGUUGGGUCAUAUCCAACGCCAGUACAAGGCAGGGCGUCUCGAGGAGGCACUGGCAGGUUGA